AUGGAGCGACGAAAGAAUCGCCGAAAGAACGGGGAUGAAGAAGAUGCGUCAUCAGUGGACUCCAUCAGGAUUAUCAGGUCACCUUCCAGUCCCAUGUCUCCAGAGAAGAAAGGAAAAGCCUAUGGUGGCAGCAACUUUUUCUUGGCAUCUAAAGGUGCCAUGCUCCUUGUCGUUGGUAUCAUGAUUGGCUACGUUGCCGUUCCAAUGGCAUUGGUGGAAUUGAACGUCAAGGACAUUCAUAAUCGCUCCAGCUAUGGAAAUGAUGGGGCUCCCCGCAUGCGUAGUUUGCAAUCUGAUGAGGACUCGAUUCAAACUCGUGUUGCGGAAGAUCAAAAGCUGCUAUCCACACAAUCCUUGCCUACUAUUACUUCUCCUCAGAUUAUGCACACUCCUAUUUUGAGUGAUCACCGCCGAAAGAAGAUUGUUGUCACUGGAGGAGCAGGAUUCGUUGGUUCUCACUUGGUGGACAAACUCAUGAUGGAAGGUCACGAAGUUACUGUUCUUGACAACUUUUUCACUGGGCAAAAGAAAAAUAUUGCUCACUGGCUGCAACAUCCCAACUUUAGUUUGGUUGUCCACGAUGUCACGGAACCAAUCCAAUUGGAGGUGCAAGAAAUUUAUCACCUAGCCUGUCCAGCAUCCCCCCCUCACUACCAGUUCAACCCCGUGAAGACCAUCAAAACAAGUACCAUGGGUACCCUCAAUAUGCUUGGUUUGGCAAAGCGUGUUGGUGCCAAGAUUCUUCUCACUUCUACUAGUGAGAUUUACGGUGAUCCACAGGUGCACCCACAAAAGGAAGACUACUGGGGAAAUGUCAACACUGUCGGACCUAGAUCUUGUUAUGAUGAAGGAAAACGUGUUGCAGAGACGAUGAUGUAUUCCUACAAGAACCAAAACCACGUUGAUAUUCGUGUUGCUCGCAUCUUCAAUACAUUUGGUCCACGCAUGCAUCCCAAUGAUGGACGUGUCGUUUCCAACUUUAUCAUUCAGUCGCUUCAAAACAAGCCCAUCACAAUCUACGGAGAGGGUGAACAAACCCGAUCAUUCCAAUUUGUUGAUGAUCUCGUAAACGGUCUUCACGCAUUGAUGAACGGUCCAUACGAUGGUCCAGUCAACCUCGGAAACCCUGAUGAGUAUUUGGUCCGAGAUUUUGCUGUUCUCAUCAAAAAAUUGACAAACUCAGCUUCUGAAAUCCAAAAGUUGGAACAGACGAAGGACGAUCCAUCCCGAAGAAAGCCAGACAUUAGCCUUGCAAAGGAAAAGCUUGGAUGGAGCCCCAAGGUCAAGGUGGAAGAUGGCCUCCAAAAGACUAUUGCCUACUUCCAAGGAGUCUUGGACCAAGCUGGAGAAAUCAUUCCAACUGGUCCAGGAGCUUCCAAGCCACAAAACUAA